AUUUGUUCGUCUCCGCUCCUCUAUUUAUCUCCAGAUCUGUUCCUCUCCCUAUAAAAGGCCGAUUUUUUUGGAUUUGUCGGCCUAUAUAUGCAGUUUUCAGCCAUUUCCCGCUCUAAUCUGACCUUUGCCGACCUCCAAUCAUCCGGGCAGACCUAGAAUUCGUCGAGGUGCCGGCGGAUACGAUGAUGAAUUGGGUCCGAUCGUGAGAUCUAUACUUCUGCCUUGAUCCUUCGACGGUUUGCUUAUGUCCUCUAUUCUGGUCUGCGAGAAGUCACGACACCGAUAAAUCGUUCUGAUGUUAGUAUCUUUGCCUGCUUCCUAUCAGAUUCGCCCUUAUUCGACCUGCUGUUGAUUUGGAGCGGCAUGUAUUUGGUGAUACCCGUUCAGUGGAAAAAUAUUCGAAAGAUCGGUGAUCUAUAGAUCAAGUCAAGUUAUUUGAAGGAAUUUGAGUACAAUAUGCGGUUUUGAAGAGAAGCGAGCAAAUAUACUUGAAUUUUUUUGUUGUAAUUGACACCUCAGGAGUUGGAAAGUGGAUCAUGGCUGAUCAGGGCCUUGAGGGGAGCCAACCGGUCGAUCUCUCGAAGCACCCAUCUGGCAUUGUUCCCACGCUUCAGAAUAUUGUUUCAACUGUUAAUUUGGACUGCAAGUUGGAUCUCAAAGCAAUUGCUCUGCAAGCUCGUAAUGCUGAGUACAAUCCCAAGCGUUUUGCCGCAGUUAUCAUGAGAAUAAGAGAGCCAAAAACUACUGCAUUGAUAUUUGCAUCAGGAAAAAUGGUAUGUACCGGAGCUAAGAGCGAGCAUCAAUCCAAACUUGCUGCAAGGAAGUAUGCUCGAAUAAUUCAGAAACUUGGUUUUCCUGCUAAAUUUAAGGAUUUCAAGAUUCAGAAUAUUGUUGGUUCAUGUGACGUCAAAUUUCCAAUAAGACUAGAAGGCCUUGCAUACUCUCAUGGUGCCUUCUGCAGUUAUGAACCAGAGCUCUUCCCGGGUCUGAUCUACCGGAUGAAGCAACCAAAGAUUGUGCUCCUCAUUUUUGUCUCAGGAAAAAUUGUUAUCACUGGAGCUAAGGUGAGAGAGGAGACAUACACCGCAUUUGAGAACAUAUAUCCAGUUCUAACAGAGUUCAGGAAAAGCCAGCAAUGAUGCUGGUGCAUUUUGGUGCUAAUAUUCUGGAGUCAGAUCUGUACAUAAAGAUGAUGUCCGGAACUUGUACUGAGUUGUAUCCGAGGUUUUGCCUUGCUUGAGUUGUAAAACAGCAUGUUCCAUUCUGAAACUCCAAGGCAUAACGUCAAUAAAAACCUAUCAUCUAAUGUUUCCCCCGGUGUUAUUUCCACAUCUGCAGGGUUUCUUUCCAUGUAUGCAUAAUAUUUGGUCUGGCCAGAGAUCAUUAGGUAGGUUUGCUCGUUGUUGUUCACUAAUUUCGAUAGCUUAUCCAUGUCCCAAUUCCUCAGUUAAGUCUUGAUGUUUCAUCGGGAGUAUUUUGAUGUAUGUUAACUCUUGGAAUUUUGUUGGAUGAAAAUAUCUACAUAGAACUGCUAAUAGUGCAGCUCACAGGUUGGCAAAUUUUGCUUGUAUUCGUUCA